CAGCCCCGAGCCCUUCUCUUCUCCCCGCAGCCCCGGAGCCGCUGUCCCGGCCCGGCCCCGCCAUGAGAGCCCCGGCGCCGGUUGCGCUGGGUUGCAUCAGCUUGGUGCUGUGUCUGCUGGAGCUGCCCGCCUGCCUGCCCCUGCCCGACGGCCGCUCGCCCAAGCGCAGGGAGCCCCCGGACCGGAGACCCUCCCCAGCCUCGCUCCUUGGGGACCACCCGGGACCGCAGCCCCCGGCCCUGCCGCAGCCCGCCGGCAGCCCUCGGCACAGACCGCUCGUCCCGCGCCACGGCCCGAAGCUCAACCCGCGCCACGGACCCCGGCUCACCCCCCGGCACGGCGCCCGCCCGGUUCCCCGGCACAAACCGCUCGUCCCGCGGCAGAGCCCGAAGCUCGCCCCGCGGCACGGACCCCGGCACGGUGCCCGCCUGGCCCCCCGGCACGUCCGCCGCCUCGUCCUGCGGCAUGGCUCCCGGCACCCGCGGGGCCGCCGGCACGCGUCGGGGCGGCUGCAGCACACGCAGCUGCUGCGGGUGGGCUGCGUGCUGGGCACCUGCCAGGUGCAGAACCUGAGCCACCGCCUCUGGCAGCUGAUGGGCCAGUCGGGCCGCCAGGACUCGUCCCCCAUGAACCCCAACAGCCCCCAUAGCUACGGGUGAUGGGGGGGGGGUGGGUCGCUGCACUAGACCGCCUGGCCCCGCGCCCCCCGCUCUGCCCCGCGGGACCCCCCACUAAAGCGCUUCCAGAGUCA